AUGAGAAAAAUCAUACUAAAAAACCCUGUAAAUUUAAUGGGCAUUCAUAAAAACAUGAAAAGAUCUAUACAUUCAUUUCAAAAAACAAUACCCAGAAAUCAAAAUCAAAACUUGCUGAAAGAAAUCACAAAUAUUCUUCAAUCUGAUAACUGGGAAAACACACUUUUUUGCUCAAAUGUCACAAAGAAACUGAACCCACUUGUAGUUCAAUCUUUGCUUCAGGAAAGCCAGGUUGGUUUUCAUUUAAAUAGUGAAAAGAUUGCUUUUUUAGCUAUGAUUUUAGGCAAUUGUAAUAUGUAUGGAUGUGUAAGUAUUCUUGUUGAUGCAUUGAUUGAAAUGAGAUGUUCCCCAUUGUUGGUUCUUGGUGCUUUUGUUGGUUGUGUGAAGAAAGGUAUUGGUGGUGGUUUAAAUUUUGAUUUGGAUUUUAAUCAAAAAGUUUUCGACGUGAUUAUUAGUAGGUUUAGAGGGAAGGGUUUGGUGGAUGAAGCUGUUGAAAUUGUUUUGAAAUACGGUCAAUUUGUUGAAAGUAAUUGGGUUUAUAAUACACUUAUAAAAGAUUUGUUUAUUCGGAAAAAGUUGGACCUUUUUUGGAAUGUGUGUGAAGCAAUGUCGAAAAAAGAUGGGUUUGUUGAUGUGUAUGGUUAUACUAAUAUGAUUAAGGCUCAUUGUAUGGUGGGAAAUAUUGAUAAAGCGAAAGCGGUGUUUGAUGAGAUGAGUGAGAAAGGGUGUGAACCUAGUUUAAUUACAUGUAAUGAAAUUAUCGGGGGUUUGUGUAAAGCGAGGCGUCUUGAUGAAGCGAUUGAGAUAAAGAGAAGUAUGGUUGAUAAGGGUUUAAAGCUUAAUGUGUUUUUGUAUACGACGUUAGUUAAUGGGUUUUGUAUGAUGAAGAGAUCGAAGGAUGCAAUAAUGGAAUUGAAGGAGAUGAUUGAUGCAGGCGUGGAGCCAAAUGUUGUGACGUAUAAUGCGUUGGUUAAUGGGCUUAUGGCACAAGGUUAUGUGGAAGAGGCAUUUAGGGUUAAAGAUGAGAUGAAAGCUAGUCAUGUUGGUGCAAAUUUGGUUGUUUAUAAUACGCUUCUUCACGGGCUAUGUAUUAGACUUGAUAUGAAGAGAGCACGUGAGUUAAUGGAUGAGAUAUUGAGUUUAGGGAUGAAACCGGAUUUCAGAACUUUUACCUUGUUGAUUAAUGGUUGUUGUAAAACGAAGCAAUUGAUUGAUGCUUUUGCAGUUUUGGAAGAUAUGAAGAAGCAUGAUUUGGAGCCGAAUGCAAAAACUUAUGGUCUUUUAAUCAUUGGGUUAUGUCAAACUGGGGACCUAGACAAGGCUAAUGCACUUCUUUUGGAAAUGAGUGUGAAUAAUAUUCAGCUAGAUCAUAUAGUCUACGAGAUCUGUUUAAAUGCUUUUUCAAAAGGAUAUGAUUACACAAAGUGUAAUAAAGUAUUCGAGGUGAUGAAGGAGCUAGGGAUAAUGCCAAAUGAAAGUUGUUAUGAAAGCCUUAUACGAAGCCUUAGUAGAGUUGACAAAAUGGAUGAAGCAAGAUUUUUCAUGAAUGAAAUGAUAGAGAGCAGUUUAGAGCCAAAUGCUCAGAUAUUUGGAGCAUUAAUUGAUGGCUAUUGUAAGUUUGGGGAAUUAAAGGUUGCACAUAAGUACUUCAAUGCAAUGCUAGGCCGUGGUUUAGUCCCAACAGUUGCAACUUAUGCAGUUUUAGUUGAAAAUUACUGUAAAAGGUCUCAAUCAAUUUAUGCGUUCUCUAUUUUCCGAAGCAUGCUUUCUAGAAAGUUCUUUCCCGAGGCUCUUACUUAUAAAGUCCUUAUUAAGGGUCUCGUGAAGUAUACCAUACAUGAAGAUAUAUCCGGGCUCUUGAUUGAACUCCACGAAAAAGGUUUCAUGUUUGAACUUUCAUCACCCAACUCUUUAGUAUUUAGUUUGUGCAAGAAAGGAGAAGCUGAAAAAGCUUGUAAGCUUAUUGAAAAUGGUUUGCUUACUCCAAGCAUCGUUACUUAUAAUAUCAUCAUGAAGGGAUUUUUCAAUAUAGGUAACACAAGCAGAGCAAAGAAAUUGUUCAAUGAUAUUAAGGAAAGAGGUGUGAGCCCAAAUGAUGGCAUGUAUACUACAAUGAUCACUGGUUUCUGCAAGUUUAAUGAUCUAACAACAGCAUGUGGAUUACUAGAUGAAAUGGUACAAACGGGUGGAUCUCCGAAUUGCUAUAUCUAUAAAUCUCUUGUCGACUUUUGUUACAGGACCGGGGAUUCGGAGAAAGCUAAAGACUUAAGUAGACAAAUGGUCGAAAAGGGUUUCAUGCUAACUUCGUCCUUAGACACGUUGGCUUCUAAAGAUCAAGAGCCUGAAAGAAGUCAAAUAGGAAUUUGAUGAAGGAAACACAAUAGCACUUGUUAGCAGCUAUAUUUGUUGCUAAUCUGUAUAGGCCAGAACCCCUGAAGGUAGGCGAAGGGAUAUAUUUCUACUUGAAAAGCCUUGGGACUACUGGAAAGGUCAAACUUAUAGCGUCAACAGUUUUGGUUUUGACUUCUUUGAGAUGCAAACAGAGUCAACACUUUUUAUACUUUUUUGGUAAGUGCGUUUAAUAGCGUGCUUGUUCAAUGUUCAGAUUGGCUUUUUAAAGGUGCCAAGCUUCUUUACUCUCUGCAUAGACAUGAGGAGUAGGGCUAGGAAAAAACCUGCACAUAAAGUAUAUGUUUUGGUACUUAGCAGAUAGAAAGUGAUAGUCAGAUUGCGGUAAUCACAUAUGUAAUCUGCACUAAUAAAUGAUUGCAACAAGUUGCUGCCCUUGUAAUUGUAUACGUGAUUGGAAUUUGCAGUAUUGUUGCCUUUUGAGUUGAUAUCUCUGGGUGAUGCAGUUGAGAAAUAAAUUUAUAAAGUUGGCUAGGAUUAAGGUUAGUUUCUCUAUGCCUUCAGGCUUAGAAGGCAAAAUAGGCGAGUCAGGUAAGAGGUCAAAAGAGGUAAACUUGGGUACAUGUUAAAAUGGAGUGUGUUGGUUUGACCGGAAA